CGAUAUCCGGUUGAAGACGACAAGAAACUUCUUCCGCCGCACGUGGAAUUGAGAAGACGAAUAUUAACAAUCGCCGAGUUUUUUCCCGAAAAAAAAUCACCACAAAACCAACCUGUUCGACGUUUGUCGUGUUUUUUGGAUCCACGGGGACAGUUUGUGUGUUUUUAUCACGAUGUUUCUGCAGUUUUACAUGAACGAGAGCGGGGACAGAGUCUACACUCUGAAGAAGCUGAGUCCUGACGGGCAGCCUACCAGAUCGGCUCACCCGGCCCGCUUCUCCCCGGACGACAAGUUCUCCCGACAUCGCGUGAUCAUCAAGAAACGCUUCGGACUUCUCCUCACGCAGCAGCCCAGACCCGUCCUCUGAGAAGAAAAUGGACGAAGAUCAAAACCAAGAAAUGGAGGGGUGAAGAUGAGACUGUAAAGAAAAAAGGGAAAACCCCAGAUUUCAGGGACUCUACAUUUGUUGGUUUUCCACUGUCGUUGACGUCAACGAUACUUUUUUUUAUGUGCUGUCAUUUUAGGUUUUUCCUGCAGUUUUAUUUUCAUGCUGAAUAAAACCUCUCCUGAUGGGUA